AACACUUCACAUGAGAUAUUUUCAAAUAACACGAGUAACAUGCUUAUACUACAAUAAUUUGAUGAUUAUGAAUAUAUAUUUUUUUGAAUAGGAAGUAAUGAAUACUGUGUAUCAAAAAAGAGAGGACAAGAUAUGUAAGAAAAUCAUGGGAUUAAUUAACAAUUAUAUUUUAAGAGUCCUAAUAAUGGAGAUCAAACAAAAAAAAAAAAUUCUUGCUGUGAACAAUUUAUGUGAUACUGACAAAAAUAAAAAAUCACCGUUUAAAUAAAAAAAAAAACAAAAUAACACCUGGCCGGCUGGCCGGGCGGUCAUGUGCGUGGAGUGGUUGUCUAUUGUCACCUAAACUUGAAUAUUUUUAUCAUUAGCGCCAUAUUUUGUUUUCCCGCCCACUCCUAAACGACACCGUUUUCGGUGAUGGUCCUUCGUUUCCCCUUUUCCCGCCUAUAAUAUUAUCAGCCCUCGCCGUUUUCAUUUAUUUCGCCCAGUUUUCAUCUUCAAAGUUCAAGGUUCAAAGCAUCAUCGUUCAGAUCUUCUUCUUCCGCCUAUCAUGGAAAAUGACCCAAAUUCAAAGGAUCCAAUCAUCGACUACAGUCAAACCCAGCGUAUUGUUCUGCUAAUCGAUCUCAACCCAUUAACAUUUCUUAAAGACCCAACUCAUUUUCUCAACUCCAUUCUCUCUUCAGCCAAAACCCUCCUUACAUUUCCUCCUCUUUUCUCUUCUCUCUUUGCUUUCAAGCUUUUCUUUUCUUCUCUAUCUCCUCUUCUCUCUUCCUCUAGACUCCACCAUUUUAUAUCUAACUCCAAGCUUUCUCUUUCUUUCGACCACCCCAUCUCCACAUUUCUGUCUAUCUCACAUACCCUCAAUUCUUUACCACCAUUUCAUAUUAACGGAAACCCAUCACUGGAUUCUUCUCCUCGGGCUUCUUGCGUUGCUGCUUCGAUGCGCCAGCUCGUCCACGACUACGCCUGGGACCCCAUUAUCCAGGAACCUGUAACGGGUACGCUUUUGAAUUGUGAUUCAGUUCGCGUGAGGUCUAAUUUGGUUGUUCUGUUUUCACCUUUUUGUAGUUCAGUGAAGUAUUUAUCUGAGUUCUUGAAUGUGGGAAUUGACGAUGAAUGCUUAGAAAACGUGAAUACUUUCUGUGAGAGAUUUUCUGGAUCUUUUGCUAAUGUGAAUGAUGCCCUUGUUAGUAGGGAUAUUCAAUUUAGUUGGGUUGAUGUUCGAUAUGGAAUGGGUGAUGAUGUUGAGGUUGGGAUUGACGAAUCAGAAUUGAGGUUUAAGUUUUUUGAGAAUGGGAUUAGGAAUUUGGGAUGGGGAUUUUGUUCUACUGAUUCCAUUGUUCUUGGUUCAGCUCUUGUUCCUUUUGGUUUGAUUUAUCCUAAGAUUGCAAUUUUACCCAACAAUUUUGGUUGUAAUGACUGUUCGAAGAGGCUUCAUGUGCAAUUGAGUCUUGAGAUAUUAGAUGUAGCUCAGAAGCCCUUGGAAUGCAAAUGUUGUGAUCUUGAGCUUGUCAAUUUUAAACUUUUGCCUAGAAAUAGAUCCGAUAACGACGUUCUGCAUAUAUUGGAAAUUAUGAAUAAAAGGAAAGGAGGUAGCGCACUAAAUGAAAAGUUGUGGAGAAAUUUCAGUGAUGGAGUGAACAAUCUCCAGGUUAAGGCUUUGCAUAGGUUCAACGAUUUCAAGAAAUUCAAGGGGUAUCUAUCUGAUCCUAUACUUGUCCGUGAAUUUUCGACGAACCCUGGGAAAGCUAAGCUUGAAAGUUGUGAGUUUUUUGCAGACAAGGUACUGGAAAUGAUGGCAACUGAAUUGGGUGACUUUGUGCCCAGAAAAUCCGCACCCAUUUGGCAGAUUCUCUCUAGUUUUCUCUAUAGGGAAGGUUAUUGGGCAUUGGUGUCUCUUUCAAAUGACAGUGGACAUUCCCUUAUGGGUGUCCUUAAGCCUUUUACAAUUUCUUCUGCUCUUCUAUUUAUUACAAAUGACGAGUUCUGCCCGCAGAUGAUAGUGGAUCAGUUUGAUGGAGGCAAUGUGACUCCAUCAAGUUCAAAAACGAAAAAUGAGAUUAAGCAUUCCGGUAAUAAUGGGAAAAAGAUGAGGAGCAAAAGAAGUAUGAAGUUUCUCCAAGACCAAACAUGGAGCAGCUUCUGUGCUGCAGCAUUUGAAAAUUCUGGGUUAGAAUUGGAAGAGGCCUAUUUUUCCAGGGGAUGCAAUAACUCAAAAAAGUUGAGAUUUCUGAAAUGCUGGAUGAAGCAGAUUAAGAGGUCUAACUGUUCUUCACCUGUUAUAGAGGAGAAGUCCAAUCCGCUUAAGGAGGUUCAAAUUGGCAUCAAUGACAGAUUGACUGAGUUGCAUCAAGAAAGCGAACAGCCAAUUUUGUCUGCUUCAGCUGGAGAAACUUUUUUAAAUGAACCUUCCAGAAUUCAGGAUGAAUCUGCAGCUGAAUUUCAGCCUGAAGCUUCUGAAAGUUUUCUCAGUAGUUUGUUGAAUAAAAUCCAACAAGGGAUUGAAUCUGAGGCAGUAGACUUGGGGGCUUUGGCCCAGCGUCUUGUGUGUUCAUCUAUUUAUUGGUUAAAGAAAAAAUGUGAGGUAGAAACCACUUCCGAAGGUCAAUCACCUGUUAUAUCAUCUCAAGAUACCGCUGGUAGUUUUCAUACUGAAGAAUUGCUAAAGCUUUUACUAAAGGACCCCAAGGACUUGAUCUCAAAGUGCAGAAGUAACGAUCCACCCAUUCAGUCCUCUGAAGUUUCAUCAGAAAAGAUAAUUAGAGAAUAUGAAUUGCAAAUUUUGUUUCGGAUGGAAAUACUACAAUCAGAGAUUCGAGAGAGCAUUGGAGAGUCUUUGAAACAGAAGUUUGUGAAACAGAUAUGCUUGCUUCUAGAGACCAUUCAGUGCCAUUUGGAGGGAGGCUUCUUUGGUGAUUGGAGCCUAGAUAGUUAUGUGGAGAAGUUCAUAAAAGCCAGGUACAGUGCCACUCUUGAAGAUGUAGUUCAUAAGAUCUGUAAAAAAAUGGACCUAUUGCUCUUUGCUGAUGAGGAUUUACCUCCCAAUUGCUUACUCAAUAGCGAGGAUAGCAAUCAAUCUUGGAAGGAAAAACAAGAGAAAGAUGAAGUGGGAGAAAAUAUUUUAUUUAGUGAACCAGUAUCAGCAGAAGAUGAGUCCCAUCAGCUGCUUGAACAUGGUCGUAGAACACAAGGAAUGGCUCAAGAGCUUGCUCGCAGGUUAACUGAAGCUCAAGAGAGGAGAGAAAGAGCUCGGAGAUUUUCUUCUUUUACUAGCUGGGUGCCUGAUUUACAGAGAGUUUGGGCUCCAAAGCAGCCCAAGGCUGUGAAACCGAGGUCAAAUUCACUUCCAAAGCCGUCAAAAAGGAAGAAACAUGUAGAGGAAAUCAAUGACACAGUAUGCGAAACUCCAGUGACAGAAAAGAAGCGUUCAAAUUCACGACGGAACAGCUUUGAUUCGCAGUAUAACAGCUUCGACGACGAGUUCAGUAGUCAGUCAUGUGCCAGUGUUUCCAAGGCAUUGUUUCAAGACGACCUGUAAAUUAGAUCCAGUCAAGGAACAUUUUUCAGGGAGACACUUGGUUUAAACCAGCAACUAUUUGUAAGAAUCAUUAUUAGAGUUGUACAUUUUCUUUCCAAGUUUAGUUUAUACUUUAUACCAGUUCUUUGUGAAAAUAUGUAUUAAAAUUUUCAUUUGGUGAAAUGAAUAAUGUCAACAUAAAGUUAAGAAAAAAAAAACCAGUUAGGAAAUUUAUUGACUUAUUUAUUUAUGUAUUUCGGGGUUCCUAACACUAUGGAAAGUACUAAUAGUUUUUUUUGGACCAUGAACAUCAUGAUUGUUUAUCUUAUUGUCUCUCUAGGCAAU